AUGUGCUUCAACCACAAGCCUCAAAGUGCUUUUCCCUCAGAUUCGCGCAGCAUUUCGACCAUCUCUUCGUAUGAAGGACGAGAAUACAUUACGGCCGGCGGAUCGGGCCUCAUCUAUGGGAUCGACAAGGACAGAGUUGUAAAGCAAUACUUUGAGGGCGAAGAGAGUGAUGCUGAGCGUGAGCGUCAAGCAUAUAUGCGUCUCGGCUCACAUCCGAAUAUUGCGAGCUAUCUGGGCAGUCUGAAAGACGGAUCCAUAAUUGUGGAACGAGGGCAACCCCUGCGCGAAAAGUAUCAAAAAUCGGGCGCGGCCAAGAUUCCACUGCGUAGGAAACUUGGCUGGUUGAGGCAGGCUGCCGAGGGUCUACGAUACGCGCAUGAAAAGGGCAUUGUCCAAGCCGACGUGGGAUGCUACAAUAUGAUCUGGACAAGGGCCCGCGGCGGCCUGGCGGCGUUGAUGGGAUCCGAUUGCCUGAAACUGAUUGACUUCGGAGGAGCCAGUGUUGAUGGCGGAGAGCACGGCUCCUGCUACCAGUGGUACAACUAUCGACGAUCAACGCCGGAAGUGAGCACGCAGACCGACAUUUUCGCGUUUGGAUGUGUGAUGUACGAAAUCCUGACAGGCAGACACCCGUACCAUGAACUCGAGGUAUCCGACAAUCGGUCACACCUUGUCCAACAACUAUAUGAAGAAAACCACUUUCCAGAUACCACAAAUCUACCAUUGGGCCAACUGAUGCAAGGCUGCUGGCAUGGCACUUUCAAUUCUAUGGCCGAGGUCGUUGAAGCGUUAGAGGCGGCAGACUCCGUGAGCAUGAACACGAAGAGUUCUGCCACGGUUACUGAGACUCUCAAAGGCUAUUGCUGGCUUUUUGUUCGAAGUAUCUGUGCGAAGAAAUGA